UAGUGACGCAACACUACAUAGGCUGGGUAUAAACUGCAGGACCUCGCGCUCUCAGUCAAUGGAGCAGUAGAGAGAAAAGUUAUCGAGAGCAGGAGUUUAGUCCACAAGCUACUGAAGUGGGUUAACUUCUGGAUUUUUAUCCUCGGCUUUGUUAAAAAAAAAAAAAACACUCAGUGUCUUCAGCUGACAUUGAGCAGGGCUGUCGAGAAGAGAAGAAAAGAUGAACUACAUUAUAGGAAUUGGCGGAGUCACUAAUGGUGGUAAAACCACCCUGACAAAUAAGUUGAUCAAGACAUUGCCCAACUGCUGUGUUGUGCACCAAGACGACUUUUUCAAGAAACCUGAUCAGAUAGAAGUCGGGGAGGACGGCUUUAAACAAUGGGAUGUGAUCACAGCAUUGGAUAUGGAGGCCAUGACCAACACAGUAAAAGGCUGGAUUGAGAACCCAGUGAAGUUCGCCCGUUCCCACGGCGUCACUCUCUCUCCUGAAUCCAAUGUGGCCGACCCCGACGAGCAGACCCAUAUCCUGAUCGUGGAGGGCUUCUUGCUCUACAACUACCCGCCUCUGCUGGACGUUUUCAACAAGUGCUAUUACAUAACAAUUCCCUACGAGGAGUGCAAAAGAAGGAGAAGUACAAGACAAUACACUGUCCCCGACCCUCCCGGCCUGUUUGAUGGCCAUGUGUGGCCAAUGUACCUGAAGCACAGGACACUGAUGGAGAACUGCAGUUUGAGUAUUGAGUACCUGGAUGGAUUGAAACACAAAGAGGAGAUCUACAACCAGGUGUAUGAGGAUAUUCAGAACAACCUGCUCAAUCGUUUAUAGCAGGAAGACAGCCUCGCCAUCCUUGUACAGAAAUUGUAAAUAGUUGGAAGGAUUCUUUUUUUAUGGAGCUUUUUGUAAUUGUAUUCUUUGUUUGUAAAUGCAACAACGCCAUGUUAAUUUAUCAUUCUCUUUUUAGUCAUCUUUAGAUGAUCAAUAUUUUUGUUUUUUCUUUUUAAAAAGUUAUUGUUGAACGGAUCAUUAUUAUAUUACUUUUAUGUCAAACCACUGACUUGUACUGGACCAUUUGUCACAUUCUCCUACAAAUAAAUGUGUCGGUAGCUGAUGAAAUACAAACCAUCAAA